UAGACGUCGGCGCGCGCCGAGCCCGGAAGAGGCGCGGGCCAGGAAAGUAGCUGCACGUCGGUUCUUCCGCGCCUCGAUCCCCAUGGAGCUCUGGCGCGGCUCUGCGUACGCGGGCUUCCUGGCGCUGGCGGUGGGCUGCGUCUUCUUGCUGGAGCCGCAGCUGCCAGGCUCGGCGCUGCGCUCGCUGUGGAGCUCGCUGCAGCGGGGGCCCUCGCCCGCACCACCGGGGCCCGGCUCCCCUGAGGGCCGGUUGGCGGCCGCCUGGGAGGCGCUCAUCGUGCGACCCGCCCGGCGCUGGCGCCGCGUGGCCGUGGGAGUCAAUGCAUGUGUGGAUGUAGUGCUCUCAGGGGUGAAGCUCUUGCAGGCACUUGGCCUGAGUCCUGGGAAUGGGAAAGAUCACACCGUUCUACAUUCAAGGAAUGAUCUAGAAGAAGCCUUCAGUCACUUCAUGGGGAAGGGAGCAGCUGCGGAGCGCUUCUUCAGCGAUAAGGAAACUUUCCAUGACAUUGCCCAGAUUGCAUCGGAGUUCCCAGGAGCCCAGCACUAUGUAGGAGGAAAUGCAGCUCUGAUUGGACAGAAAUUUGCAACCAACUCAGAUUUAAAGGUUCUUCUUUGCGGCCCAGUUGGUCCAAAGCUGCAUGAACUUCUGGAUGACAGUGUAUUUGUUCCACCAGAGUCACUGCAAGAAGUGGAUGAGUUCCACCUCAUUCUAGAGUAUCAAGCAGGGGAGGAGUGGGGCCGGUUAAAAGCUCCCCAUGCCAACCGAUUCAUCUUCUCCCACGACCUCUCCAACGGGGCAAUGAAUAUGCUGGAGGUGUUUGUGUCUAGCCUGGAGGAGUUUCAGCCAGACCUGGUGGUCCUCUCCGGAUUGCACAUGAUGGAGGGACAGAGCAAGGAGCUCCAGAGGAAGAGGCUCCUGGAGGUUGUGGCGUCCAUUUCCGACAUCCCCACAGGCAUCCCAGUUCACCUAGAGCUGGCCAGCAUGACCGAUGGGGAGCUCAUGCGCAGCAUUGUGCAUCAGCAGGUCUUUCCCGCGGUGACUUCUCUUGGGCUGAACGAACAGGAGCUGCUCUUUCUCAGCCAGUCAGCGUCUGGACCUCACGCUUCCCUCUCUUCCUGGGACGGUGUUCCCGAUGUCGGCAUGGUCAGUGACAUCCUCUUUUGGAUCUUGAAGGAACAUGGGAAGAGUAAAAGCAGGGCCUCGGACCUCACCAGGAUCCAUUUCCACACGCUGGUCUACCACAUCCUGGCAACCGUGGAAGGACACUGGGCCAACCAGCUGGCAGCUGUGGCUGCAGGAGCUCGCGUGGCUGGGAUGCAGGCCUGCGCAGCAGAGACCGUAGAUGCCAGCCGAGUGUCUCUGAGGGCUCCGCGUGAGUUCUCGACUUCCCACUCGGAGGCAGGCUCCAGGAUCGUAUUAGACCCUAAUGAGCCAGUAGUAGAAUGGCACAGGGAGGGAAUAUCCUUCCACUUCACACCAGUAUUGGUCUGUAAAGAUCCUGUCCGAACGGUGGGCCUGGGAGAUGCGAUUUCAGCUGAAGGACUCUUCUACUCAGAAGUACACCCUCACUCUUAGCAAGGUUGUCACGGCCAACUGGAAGGAGAGCUAGCCAACUGAAGAACUACAGGAAUUUGGAAAAUAAGUUUGAGGGUGUCAAAUAGUUCUAGAUCUAAAUAAAAGACAGCCAAAGAAACAACAGCAGAUUCAACUGUAUCAGCUACAUUCCAGCCUGUUCAAUUAAACAGACAUUUCAGGUUUUAAUCAAAAUUUAGCUAUGUACUAACGAGACUGGGUUUUUGUUUUUUUAUGUUGUAUGUUACGGGGUAAAAACCUGAUUCCCAAAUCUGACUUAAGCAAUGUUGUCAAGUAUUUUAGGCCCAACUCCUUGGUCCCCGGGAGCACGUCAGCUGAUGGAAGCCCUUCCCUCCUCACCCCUUCAGAAGUGCACACUCGCACCUGCCCUCCCAGGCUCUUGGGAAGCCCCUCGAGUUCUCACAUUCUCGCUCAACUCAGCACGAUGGGGCAGGGUCAUGGUCUCCGUUCAGUGUUACCGUCAGUAUUCAGCGAGCAUCCCUUCUGAGCCGUCCAUUUGCAGACGUAGGGCAGAGCCACAGUAAGGACAAAUGAGUGCCCCCUGUGCUGCUCAGUCCCUCAGAGGCCAGGAGCCUUGUGGAGCCUGUGAGGGAGUCACUCCCUGCAGGUUUUGGCCUGGAGGACCUGCAGGGUGGCAUUGUGAGCCAACCUGAUUCCAUUCCUUCCUUGGUGCCUUAGAUUGUAGGGCCAGCCAGUCAGAGGCUCCCGUGGCUGGGCCCAGCCUCAUCAUGCAGCUCUGGACAUGCCAUCUGCAGUAGAUUGAUUUUUGUGCAUUCUGAUCAUUGGAAGGUGUGCUUAUACAACUGGAAUAUGCUUCUGUGUGUAUGACAGGUCAUCUACGUUUUACAUUGACACAUCCAUCGAAGAGUUUGACCUCAUAAAAGCCCCAGGAUCACCAACAAAUUUGUCAUGUUAUGUAUUUAUUUUUUUAUAAAAUCAAGGAGAAUUCUGUGUGCUUUUAAAUAUAUUAAAAACAAUUUACAUUUCAGGAA